CGCGGGGAUUCUUACUUUCCUUUCUUUUGCACUACGCUUCAAUAUUAUAGCCCAAAUGAGGAUCCGUUGCCCACAACCACUCUCGAUACUUUGAAAGGUCAAUGUUCGAAUAUUUUCGCCCUCCCAUCUGGGUUGCUUCCGCAAGCCCCUGAUAACCCCUGAUAACACGUUAGUGUCAGAACAUAUACCAUGUCACGCUGGGGGCGCAGACCGGCGUCAUUCCCUGCCAUUGAGAUUCGACCUCGUCCCACGCUUCGUGCUGAAGACAGCCGGGGGGUUCCACCAUCACCGAACCACUCGGCGAUACCAUCGGGGGCCGAGAACGCAGCCGAGAACGUCCAUCUUUUGACUGCUGCGGGUUCACAAUCAAUCUCGACAAUAGCAAAGCCACGCAGACAUCAAUGUUCCGUGUGUAGUUCGGCGUUCGCUCGUGCUGAACACCUUGCUCGCCACGAGAGAUCCCAUCGGAACGAGAGGCCUUUCGCCUGCAGACUAUGUGAUGCCCGUUUUACUCGGAAGGAUCUCAUCAAGAGACAUGUACAACGGCAUCAUGGUGAUCUGCCUGACGCUUCAGCAUCCUCACGGCCCGCGGCAGAAGGAGGAGCUAACUCACCAGAAGGAUCCGAGAUAGUUGUGAGCGCCACGUCGCCUAGCAAUGUCUCAAGCCCCUCAACCACGGCCGGAAACCCUCCUCAUCAGAUUGCCAACACUUCAGCUCAAUACCAUGGGAAUGUGAGUUCACAGCGGCAGGAUUCAAGCGAGCCCAUGGGGAGGAUUGAUGAGGCCCCUGCCAUGUUCGACUUGGAGACAUUCGUGACGAUGGAAUUUGGUGGAAUCGGCGGCCUUUCGCAAGUCUUUUCCACAGAGUUGAAUUCCAGAGACCAUGCGAGGCCACAACAAGAGAGCAAUACAUUGGACCGCCAUUCCCUGCCUUUUUGCUCCUCUGCAUUGACACCAGCAAGAGCGCCAAGAGCACGUUAUUUAUCUUUUGCACAACCCCAGGCGUCUUCCUGGAGAGGCUCUUUCGAAAUAUCCGCACCAAAGCGCGCUGAUCUCAUCAGAGAAAUGGACGAAGUCUUCCACCCGGAUCGUCUGGAGUCAAGUUUCCACAUACCGUCAUGCAUGGUACUUGAAGGAUGCAUCACGGUCUUUUUCAAUUCUUUCCUCUGCCACAUGCCGUGCAUUCACAUCCCAACAUGGCGAGCAGAGGAUGCGCAUCCCUCCCUGCUCCUAGGUAUGAUAGCCAUUGGACUCGUCUAUCGAUCUAGACGAGAGCUAGCCAACAUCAUCUAUCGAGCGGCAAGGCUGUCUAUCAUUCGCUAUAUGGAGUCAUCCACAAGCACAUCGAAGGAUUCGCCGGUCUGGAUAAUGCAGACAUUAUUCUUGAUAAUGGCUUACGGGACCUGGAGCGGUGACCUGGCCCUCGUUCAGGACGCUUUAGCUCUCCAAUCCCGUCUUGCCCACAUUGCGCGUUCUCUCAUUGGACCUACCGCUGAUGAGACGGUCAAACUGGCACAUCUAGAAUUAUCCUGGGAAGAAUGGGUUAGGCUGGAAACUCUAACAAGGACGAUAUUCGUGGUGUAUUCGUACUUCAGCAUUCUCAACUUGUCCUUCAACAUUCCGCCGGCGCUGCUCAACUCCGAAAUGGACCUCUUUCUUCCCUGUGCCGAGAGGGAGUGGACAGCAGCUACGCCAGAGACUUGGACUGAGUAUCAUAAGCUUUGCCAAAGAAGACCUGAAGCUGCCUUCCCCAGAGUCCUUCGGAGUCUCCUUUCUCCAGCAGAGCCUUCGGCGAUUCCUUGCAGUACGAGCGGAGGUUACAUCGUGCUCCACGCCAUCCUCCAGCAAGUAUGGCACAUCCGCCAAGCGUCUCCGGGCGGACCUGCGGAGCUCGCCACAGUCGAGAUCGCCUUGAAGAAAUGGCAGGCCAUGUCCACGGCGCAUCCCGAAUCCUCGUUCUCAUCACGGAGCCCAUACGACCCGCUGGUCUUUAAUUCAAACUCCCUCCUGCGGUUAGCUUACAUACGGCUCGCCGUGGAUUUCUCCCGGAUCAGGGCGGUCUUGAUGAGUCAAAACACCAACGCGAUCUCGCACGCAAUGACAUCCCAGCCGACGAACGUUCAUAGAUCUGCCAUGAGUACGAAAGCAGCUGUGCAUGCAAUUGAUGCACUGAGAAUCCCUUUAAAGAUGGGGUUGCACCCGCCUACCAAGAGUGGUACCUUUCCCUGGAGUCUGCAGCACCAUCUAUUCUCUCUGGAAUGCUGUUUGUUCUUAAGUAAAUGGCUAAACGUCUUGAGUGCAUCAAGCGACGCGACCUGGACAGAGGACGAACAGUCUUUGAUUGCACUCAUACAAGAGACGGUGGAGGAAGUCGGCUUGGAUCCGAUGAGGUUAUCGAAGCCACCAAGCGCCCAGAUCAUGUACGCCUGGACGGCGAUGUACGGUUCGCAAGACCCCUGGGGAGUCAUUUCAACUAUCAACUCCUCGGUUAUUUCCUUCGCGGACAGCAUUGCCUCUCACUCCUGAGGGGAUGUCUGCAUAUGCAGACGGUACUUAGUGGUUUUCGCAUUACUACAGUAGGUACAAAAGGAACAACCGCCUAUUUGCCCAUCAGAUCUUCCACCGGGGUGUAUAGCCGCAUCACGCCGGUAAGAGCCG